AUGUUCAAGUCCAAGUUCCUGAGCUUCGUCUCCUUGACGCUCCUCCCUGUGGCUCUCGCCCAGUCCGAAUACACCAACCUCCCAGCCACAGCACCCGGCGUCUUCAACGCGACCGCACGCAUAGAAAUCAAGAGCACCGUCCCCGCCGCCUGGGACGUACUCACCGACUUCGCCAACUACGCAGCCUGGAACCCGUUUGUGCGUUAUGCCCUCACUACUUCAGCCAAGGGCAACAUCACCCUGCCUGAGCAGCGACCGGUCGAGGGCAACUUCCUCUUCUUCCGCGUGCAGAUUCCUGCGCUGCCGUUGCCAGUGAACAAGGACACGCCCGACAAUCUCCUGAACACGCAGUUGUCCGCUGAGCGCAUAACUCAUGUGCAGCCGGAGUUGGGAAGAUUGGCAUGGGAUUACUUGGGGGAACUCGCUAUUACCUCGACGCGUUGGCAGGCACUUAGCGACAUAGGCAAUGGCAUGGUGUUGUAUGAGUCGAUAGAAGUGUUUCACGGGUUGUUUGCUGGAGUCUUGAAGGAUACGCUUGGAGAGAGUCUGCAGCAGUCUUUCGAGGCACAGGCAGAGGGACUAAACACACGCUCCUUGGUCUUCCACUUGUUCCAACUUCGCUUCGUCUACGGCGAACACGCACGCCAGACAAUACUCAUCGCACAUGUGCAGCCCUCGCCGUCCAGCACCAUGACGAUGACCCCCGAGCUCGAAGCCUUUGCGCGAGCCAUAUCGCGCGUCCUGGGCUGGGCCUACUUCCUGUCGUGGUCCCUAUCCUUCUACCCGCAACCCAUAUCGAACUACCUGCGCAAAUCCACGCUCGGCCUCGCCAUCGACUUCCCCACCCUCAACGUCCUCGGUUUCACUUGCUACACCAUCUCCACCGCCUGCUUCCUCUACUCGCCAACGAUAAAAGGGCAAUAUGCGGCUCGUCAUCCUGACGCGCCCGAGACGACGGUGCGGUUCAACGAUUUCUUGUUCGCGGCACAUGGCGCGGUCAUGUGCGUGAUUAUAUAUAGUCAGUUCUUUGAGAGGAUAUGGGGCUUUGAGAUUGGCAAAAGGCAGAAGAUCUACACGCUCGGCUACGUCAAACUCCUCACCGUCUUCCUCAAGUAUAUACCCCAGGCCUGGGUCAAUUACAAGCGCAAGUCGACGUUAGGAUGGAGUAUAUACCCUAUGCUCCUAGACUUUGCGGGUGGCUGGCUUUCGCUCGCACAGUUGUGCAUCGAUUCUGCACUGGAGAAUGAUUGGAGUGGUGUUACUGGUAAUCCAGUCAAGUUUGGACUGGGCAACAUCACUAUUGUGUUUGAUAUUAUCUUCAUGCUGCAGCAUUACGUGCUGUAUCGGCACCCGGGGAAGCAUAUUGAUGAUGAGGAUGAGGAAGAAAGGGAGGGGCUUGUACAGGGCCGGAGAGACUAG